AUGCCUCGUUCGGACAAGCAAUCCUCAAAAUCCAGGUAUUCGGGCGAGAGGGGGCAGGAACAAUAUAACACUGCCCCAGACAAUCGCUCUUUCGCCAAGUCCCGCAAAACUCCUGUUGCCUCCGCCACUACCACCCCCGGUAGUAAAACCCCCAAGGCAUCAUCCGGCAGAUCCUCCCGUUUUCUGACUGGCAUCGCCAGUCAUCUCCCCGGCAGCCUCACGCCUGGCAGCACAUUUGCCGACCAAAGUGCGAUAUUCAGCCCACCGGCACCAGAGGAUGUCCCGUGGGACCGGAGGCAACAGGCGGCCAUGUCCUCGGCGAUGGAUGAGCAUGAUGUGGAUGGGGCUAGUGUGCGAAGUCUGUCGUCUUUCUCUGGAGGCUACACGAGUGGGGAAGAAGGGCGGGCGUUCUUCGUGGCUACGGAAGAGCAGGGCGAGGGAGGGCGCAAAAAGGCGAAGAAGGUGGUGGCGAGGCGUGCAGGGGAAGAUUGGACGCUACUGAGUAACGAAGGGCAAGACGCUGGUGACUAUCAUGCGCCUUUUCAGGCGGAGGAGGGGGAAGAAGAGCCAGAGUAUAGCGGGGAUGAUGCCCUGGAAAACUCAGCGAUCUUUAGCAGAAGGACGAAGGACGAGAACUGGCAAUCUGGGUUUGCCCGGUCAGGUAGACGUGAGUAUACCAAUCCCGACAGCAGUGGCAGCAGGAGGUAG